AUGAAGACCCUUUCCCUGGCCACGCUCGGCUCUCUGGCUGCCACUCUAGCUGUUGCCAGAGACUGCCCCGUUGAAUCUGACUGCAUCCAAAAGGCUUGUACAGACUUCCACAUCACUGAUCAAGUCAUGGGUCUAUAUGGGCCCAUGGAACGGAUGCUUGGCGCUACAUGCGAGGAUCGUCACGGCGCAAAGGUCUUCACCUGGUUGGACCUUGACUUAUGCAUCACGAACUCGCAUGGCACCAUGUAUUGGUCCUACAUGGGCAAUUUCAGGUGCAGUAAUUGCAAAGUUCUUCCCCGCAAAGACAAUGAAGCCGUCAUCUUGGAAUGCAAGUGCAGGGAUAACGUUAACCGCAGCACGAUCAACCUCUCUGAGGGUAUCUGGCAAUACAACGGCAGGAUCGGCUGCUACAAGGAAGAAGGAGCCCUGGUUCCUAUCAGCCCCGUCAAGAAGAAGCGUUCCAACGAGCCGGAGACUUUCACCUUGCCCUACCCGGUUGGACAGACUUUGGAUGAUGUCCCUCAGUCUGUGGAACAGCGCACCGUCAAGCUCCCUUUCCCUGUAGGACAGACCGUGGACAAGAUCCCUCAUCCUGUGGAACAGCCCGGCGACGGCUCUGCCCAUGGCCCACCACGCAUUCCGGACACUCCGGAUCGCUAUAUCGAUGUGACCACCGAGAGACGCUCCGAAGAGCCGCGCGCCCUUGAGUUCCCCAGAGAUGACAACGCUCCAUUUGGCGACGAUGACAGCACGGAAGAACCGGCUUAUGAUGAUGGCAAUGGAAAGCGCUCUGAGGAGGGGCACGCUGAGCACAUCUCCAAGCGCGGUCGCAGCUUCCGCCAGUUUUAA